AUGAGAUCAUCGAGAUUUUCUGACUAUGAAGUUUACUCAGAUUCAGCGAUUGAUGAAGAAGGGAGUCUAAUUCACAUCGCAUUGAUGGCAGAAGCAGAACCUGUGAGUGUAGAGGAUGCUUUGAGACAACCUGUGUGGAAGAAUGCUAUUGUGGAGGAGCUUAAUUCUAUUGAAAGGAAUAACACGUGGCGACUGGUUGAUCUCCCACUUGGAAAAUGCAGCAUCGGUGUCAAGUGGGUAUUCAAAAAGAAACUGAACCCAGAUGGCUCGGUGUCAAAAUAUAAGGCACGUCUCGUUGCCAGAGGGUUCUUGCAGAAGAAAGGAAUCGAUUUCGACAAAGUCUUUGCUCCGGUGGAAAGGCUGGAAACCAUAUGUGUGGUGGUUGCUAUUGCUUGUGCUCGGAGAUGGCAGAUUUACCAGCUUGAUGUCAAAUCAGAUUUACUAUGA